AUGCCCCGGAACGAAAGCAGCAUCGAAAUCGCAGCCCCGCCGUCCAAGGUGCGGGAGGUGAUUCUCAACUUCCCUGCCCUUUCCGAGUGGCACAAGGACCAUAUCCGACGCAUUGCCGUGCAGGAUAAAUCCAAGAACCCAGAAUCAUUGGUACCCGGCGACAAGCUCGACGUCGACAUCGAGGGAACGAAAUUCGUGGCAGAGGUGAAGGAAAAUUCCGAGAACCUAUUCGCCUGGCAAGGGCCCCCCGUCUUCACCGUCGCUGGUUUUCGCCAAUUCAAAAUGGAGCCCACCAAGGACGGCACGGCGACCAUCUUCACCCAGUCGGAGGAUCUCGAGGGCUUACUGGCGUGGCUCAUGAGCCCAUCGCUAUUGGGCAAGAAGAUGAAGGCUCACUUCGACAUGUUUAACAACGAUCUCAAGACUCGGGCCGAGUCGACUUGA